AUGGACCCGCCAUCUUGCCGUAGCUGCAUGCUGUUGUCGUUGUCCAAGAAACUGACCAAUCAGAGGCCGCCGCCAAAUCUCUUCUCUGAGAAUCAACCAAGCCAGGAUCAUCCUGAGGACAACAACAAAAUAGAGGCCAAGGAAAAGAACAAGGCAAAAAAGAACGAGAAAAAGAAAGCAAAAUCAACGUUAAAAGAGAAACGGAAGAAGAAAAAGGAGAAGAAGGAUAAACUAAGUGGGAUUUCAGACACAGUGGCAAUUGUAGCAAUGGCUGGAACUAACCAUGACAUUCCACAGAAUCAUCCCUCUACUGCAAUACACAGCAAUGUGGCUGUACAUGAUGAUGGCCUUAUUCACCCCCUGUUUCCGGAAAUAUCACCACACUUUCCUGGCAAGGAAGGGCCUAAUAUAGAACCCAUUUCUGCAAAUUUGCACGCUAAAGAUAAAUCUGAUGAAAGUUUAAAGACUCCAAGUGAAGAAGAAAGAGAAAGUGGGACAACCUACAGGCCAGAAGGAAACUACGAGUACCCCUCCUUUAGACAUCCUGAAUUUAAUCCGGACACAGCUUACGAUGAAAACGGCAUUCCCAUUCAUGAAAGUCCUGGUUGGACACCGCCACCCACCCUUCCUGGAGACAAUAGGUUUGGCAAGGGAAGGAACCAAGCUGGGGCAGGGAUGAAACAUAAGGCCACUGGACCCAUACCAGUACCUCAAAUUGCUAAAAAAAUUAAACCGGAACCCAAAAAACUUGCUGUAAGUGUCACCAACCCGAAAUACAGUCUUCAUCCAGAAGACAAAAUGAUCAAUAACUACCAUGGACUUCAAGACCAUCUGGCUCUUUUAGAGCACCAAAAAGCCGUGGAGAGCCACCAAGGAUUACAUCUUGAUCCGCUUCACCCUUCUGUAUCCCAUGAGAAUGUGAAUCUACCAAUGUUACACAAAAAGGGUAUUGGAGUUGACAAUAUUAACCAUCGUAUUAGAAAGCGCAAGGCUGCCGUCUCAGGAUCUUUGGAGUCUCUUGAGUCAAUUAGUCAGGUGUUGGACUCAGAUGAAUUGAAAGUCGGUUCAUCAAUCCAAAAUCUUGCUGCGGCUAAGGAAACUGCUUAUAAACUGACGGAAACAGAGCUGCAAAACAAAGAGGACAGUGCUCCAUUGGAAGCACUUAACCCUGCAUUAUAUGCUCAUAGAAAUAUGUUUGAAGCAAAAAAGAAACCCCAGAAACCUGAACCUGAAUUGAACCUGGGCGAGCUGUCUUUAGACAAGUUACCGAUAAACCUGAAAAAAUUGGCCAGAAAUAGUGCUGAAGUGAUAGCUGUAAUUGUGAGCAAGGACGGAUCCAUUCCCAAGUGCCACAUCAGUUCCAGACUGAAGAACAGAGAAUUGCCUCAACUACCCCUGUCUUCACCAGAGAUGCCAGAGAUUUAUAAUAAGAAAAAUAAAAAUGAAGGACGUAACCCUCUUCUAUACAAACACAGAAACAUGUUGACAAUCAGUGAUUUGAAGGAUGAUGGCAUGAGGAUCAACAGUGGAGAUUUGAUAAAACAAAUGUUACAAGAUAAAAAGGACAAAAGGCAAAAUGGACAGGCAGUACGAUUGGACGAUUUUGUGAAAGGAGGGCACCCAAGUCAGGAUAUAAGAUUUAAAGGUAGAGGGAGAGAAAAUUACAACCCAUUAUACCUGAAUGAAAGAAGACUCCUGUAUGCAAAGACAAACCAAUUUCAACCUGACAGCAAUGAAACUCCUCAUGCUAAAAGAGAAGUCAAAGAAGAAGCACAAAACCCAGCACUAUAUGCUUACAAGAAUCUAUUCAGCAGUGAUCCACAACUUCUUAUCCCAAAGGAGAAUAAAGAACUUCCUCAAAAUGGACCUGAUAGUUUUGGGACUGGUGGUCUACCACCUCACUAUCUCAAUUCUCCUGUGAAGCCUUCUAAUGAACAUAAACUACAUUCCAGUGCAAAAGAUUAUGUUGGGAAACACAAAGAAGCUUUGAAUCCAUUUCUAAUCAACUUUUCUAAUAUGUUCAAAGUAAACCUUGUACCUCCAUCAGCUCAAAAAAGUUCUCUCAACAAACCUGAAAAAGAGAUUCAUACGGAUUUAAAAAAAUAUGUAGAGAGGCAGAAAGAAAACCUAGAUCCUCUCUUGUCACAGCAUCAAAAUAUGGGAAAAGAUUCAGAAGCAUUAAAUCCACAUCUUCUUCAGUUGACUAAUGUCUUUGGAGCUAACAACAAUCAGCUUCACAAGGUUCCAUUGGAGAAAGGGGAAAUCAACCCUGUGUUCAUCAACAGUCAAAAGGGAUACACUGAAGGAGAAAAAAAAGCUGUUUUAUCAAGGUAUAAAAAUCUCUUUGCCAGUGCAGCCAAGAUCGCAAGAAGAAAUAGAAAACAAUAUAUACAAAACAGCUUGGAUGGGGCCCCAGACAAAGAUCGCAUGUCCCUCAUUGCUAGAGUGAAAAGAGACAUCAAAGAGACAGAAAAAAAUAAUCUCAGAGACAUUGCCAGAAAUAAGAUGGCUAAAGAACACAACUUCAAGUCAAAGAAUGAACGUUCAAUUGGGCUGGGUACUCCAGGAGCAGGGAGGCCAAAAAGUCUCAAGAGAAAAACUAAAGACAGCGAGGACAGUUUUGCCUCCUACUUUGAUGGUGUUGACCACAAUAUUGUAGAGGAAGACGACUCGACUCCGUCUCCCGAGAGAACCACAGGAGAUAAUGUCACUGACAGCCUUAAAAGUGAUAAACUGAAAACAAUGGCAAGAAAGAGGAGAAUCAUUCUAGAUAACGCAAAGAUUCUUCAUCAGCUUACCAAGAAGCUGAGACCGUUUUGGCGGAGAGAGCUUGAAAGGUACAACUUGAGUCCUGACAAUACGACUGUGGAGUUCACAGGCUCGAUGGAGGAAGAGAUGAAUCAAGCUAUUGAGCAAAAGCUUUUGUCAGGCCCCCCUAGUGAUGAGACAAUGGAGGAGUUGACCAAGGAACUGUUCUCGAUGAUUGACAAGAGAAAGAGAGAAAAUAGAUCAAUAGGAAAUAUUAUACAUGGAACAAAACCUGUAAGAGAUCCUUUGAUAAAAGGAGUGUUUGAAGUACAUCACAUUGAUCAACUUGGUAAGUACCACUUGCAGUAUUGGCCGCAGGAUGACCCUGAGGAUAUGAGGACUCUGAAUGGCACUAUCAGCAUGACAGACCUCAAGAUAGACUUGACUCAUAAACACGCGAGUAACAAAAUACUCAAGAAAAUACUGACGAUAAAACCACAUUAUUUGUCACACUCUAAGGCGGAUGAGAUUUUAAACGUGAUUUUCCCUAGAACUUCAGACGGUGAAAAGCUUGAAAGUUAUAGAGGAGAAUCUGCUUCAAUAGCAAAAGUUAAAACUAUACCAAUCCUAGAAGAAACAACCAUACCGGUAUCGAGGGGUGAAAUGAAACCGAUCAUAAAAGAGAAAAGUGUACCGAUGCAAAGAGAACCAAUUUUGAAAGAAGAAUCCCUACCACAUCCUAGAAGUGAGACUAAGCCGAUUUGGAAAGAACAAACUUCAAUUACUUCAAAAGAUGAAGAAAAAUCUCUUCUUAAAGAUAAAUCUAUUUCUCUAAGUGAAACAAGCCACAUAGAAAAUAAAGGAUUUGUAAAAUCUUCCACAGAGCUGUUAACAAAACUUAGAGAAACAAUCUCAGAAAGCAGAAACAUUUCAUCGAUCCUCAUGAAUGAAAUUGAAUCCAUGACAAAUAAAAAAACAGAAGAGAGUUUGGGGAAACAUGAAGAGAAAGUUCACCAAGGUAGUUGGAAAUUACAUCAGAGGAUAAAAGGUUCCAAACCAUCUCGCCCGUACCAUCCGACAUUACCCCCUUUUGUUAGGAGAUGGCCAACAUUUAGAUCAAGACCAGAAGCUUCUGUUACUGAAUCACCAUCUGUAACUGAAUCACCAUCUGUAACAGUCUUACCGGAAACUACUUUUGCUACAUUCCUUACUAUGAGACCUAAAUACAGUGGGCCAAGACUGAAACAGCCAUUUUUCUUCAGUGACUUCCAACGGAUUGAGACUGUUUAUCCUUCUACAGCCAUGCCAGUAACAAGACAAGAGACUACAGUUGGCAAACUUGGGUGGAAAGAAAUGUACGAUUUGUUGGGUGUAGGAGUUUCCAGAGAAGAUUUGCCAAAAAUUACUCCAGAGAGGCUGGAUAAGGUCUGGGAAUCAGUGGAGAACAUGUUUACUGAGAAACCUAAAAAGUUGCCAAAAAUUGAUGAUGAAGAUAAAAAGUUUUUUAAUCCGAUAACUACGGAGGAAACUGUACUAUCGGUAGAGAAGGUUGAAACUACCACAGUUCCCUGGUUUUUACGGAUGACUCGAAGACAGAUUACUACAACAACACCGCUUCCUUCCACAACAAAACGUAGCCAUUUACAUGUUAUCAAACAUCAUGUCAAGAGGGGUUUUACAACGUUGAUGAACUUCUUGGGAUUCGGAGAUAUUGAAAGUGAAGAAGUUAAAGGAGAAAAUAUGGAAUAGGAACGUUGUAUCCAUGGACUUGUUGGGAUCUUCAAAUGGCUUCACAUUAUUGCUGUAUCAUGUCUGCUGUUAAAUUUGUUGUCAUUAUUUAAGCUCUACUCUACUUUAUUUGUUAAUAUUUAAUAUUGAAUUUGUUGUUGAUUGUUAUAUUAGUGUUAAAAUAUAAAUUAUUGUUUUGUA